UGGGAGUCGUAGUCCGCCGGGUGAAGAAGUGACGCCACGACGUCUCAGAGGAAGAGAGAAGGAAGUCGAGUCUGAAGGAAGGUGGUGAGAUCAAGAAGGAAGAAUAAAAAGGACAAACAGGUAGAAAGCCGGCAGCGCCAUGAGCCUGAAGUCGGAGCGGCGCGGGAUCCACGUGGACCAGUCGGAGCUGCUGUGCAAGAAAGGCUGCGGCUACUAUGGGAACUCGGCCUGGCAGGGCUACUGCUCCAAGUGCUGGCGGGAGGAGUACCAGAAGGCCCGCCAGAAGCAGAUCCAGGAGGACUGGGAGCUGGCCGAGAGGCUCCAGCGAGAGGAGGAAGCGGCCGCCUAUGGCAGCACCGCACAGGCCCCGCCGGGAGCCCAGCCCCUCACCUUCUCCAAGUUCGAGGAGAAGAAGACCAACGAGAAGUCCAGGAAGGUCACCACCGUGAAGAAGUUCUUCGGGGCCUCCAGGCCGGGAGCCAAGAAAGUCCUGGGUGGCAAGCGCAGAGGAGAUGCCCCGGAGGCCAAGUCCGGGAGCCCGUCCAUCAGCCGGCAGGUCUCUCUGGAGACGGACAGGGUCUCCAAGGACUUUGUGGAGUUCCUCAAGCCCUUCCAGAAGCCCGGCCAGGACCUCUACAAGCAGUGCAAGAUCUUCCUGGAACACAUGCACCACAAGCGGGAGCUGAGCAUCGAGGAGCAGUCUGAAUACGCCCAGGACUUCUACCAAAGCGUGGCCGAGAAGCUCCAGACGCGCUGGAAAGUGUCUCCGGAGAAAGUGGAGAAGGCCAUGGACCAAGUGGAGAAGUACGUCAUGACGCGGCUGUACAAGUACGUCUUCUGCCCGGAGACCACCGAGGACGAGAAGAAGGACCUGGCCGUCCAGCGCAGGAUCCGGGCCCUGCACUGGGUGACCCCGCAAAUGCUGUGCGUCCCCGUCAACGAGGAGAUCCCGGAGGUCUCAGACGUGGUUGUGAAAGCCAUCACAGACAUCAUAGAGAUGGACUCGAAGCGUGUUCCGCGGGAGAAGCUGUGUUGCGUGACGAGCUGCAGCAAGCACAUCUUCACGGCCAUCCGGACCAGCAAGGAGGAGCCGGCCUCGGCGGACGACUUCCUCCCCACGCUCAUCUACAUCGUGCUCAAGGGAAACCCCCCACGGCUCCAGUCCAACCUCCAGUACAUCACACGCUUCUGCAACCCCUCGCGACUCAUGUCCGGCGAGGACGGCUACUACUUCACCAACCUGUGCUGUGCGGUGGCCUUCAUUGAGAAGCUGGACGCCCAGUCGCUCAACCUGAGCCAGGAGGAGUUUGACCGCUACAUGUCCGGCCAGUCCGGCCCCUCCUCGUCGACGUCGUCGUCGUCCUUGCUGCCGCGUGGCCGGGAGUCCUCCUGCCCGGAGGGGAGCGCCCUGGCCCUGGUGCGGCACAACCUGGAGGCGGUGGGUCAGCUGAGUCGGCGGCAGGAGCGAGUGGAGCGCGAGGCCCGGCGCCUGGAGAGGGACCUCAUCGAGUGGACGGAGGGGCUCGGGCGGGAGGUGCGAGGCCUGGUCCAGCGCUGCCCCCUGCGCCUCCACCCCGGGACCCCCGCCUCCGGCACCCCCGCCGCCCCCGCGGUCGCCAUCGACUCCGACAACCUCGAGGACCCCCGCCUCCCGCCCCCCCUCCAGCCCCAGGUCUACGCCGGGUGAGGGGCCCCCGAGGUCAUCUAGACCCUCCUCCCUUGACCGCCCCCCCCAAGACCCUUAGAAAUAAAGUUGCCCUAUGGCUACGUUCACAGAUUAAUUAUCGUUAUCCCAGGCGAGUGAAGACUGUUUACAAUGAUGGGCAAGCUUUUGCACUUGGUGUGUCAAAAUUCACCAAAAUUUAGGUUUUAGCAUGACUUGGGUGGUGUGUCACUUCGAGAAAAUAAAAUUAAAAAAAAAUCACAA